CUAAGCAUUCCAGAGCCAUGAGUGGAUCACUCUUCUUGUCAGUAGUUCUAUUUCUUGGUUACUUAUGCACUGCAACCAGUGCCGUCUCACUUUUAGGUUGCGUCAAGUUUGAGAGACUGGCUCUUCUCAAGCUGAAACAAAGCCUGAAAGAUCCAAUGAAUGAGCUUGCUUCAUGGAAGGGCAUCAACUGCUGCAGUUGGGGAGGAGUAGGCUGCCACAAUCGCAGUGGCCAUGUUUUCAGGCUCACGCUUGACAGCAUGUCCUUGGGAGGUGAGAUCAAUCCUUCUUUACUAGAAUUGAAGCAUUUGAGGUCUCUGGAUCUCAGCAUGAAUGAUUUCAAUGGAACUAACAUCCCAGAAUUCAUUGGUUCGCUCCCAAAACUAAAGUAUCUUAAUCUUUCGAAUGCGAAUUUUGGCGGUCCUAUUCCUCAUCAGCUUGGCAAUCUCUCUAGCCUUCGCUACCUUGACCUUGGCUCGAACGACAUUCCUCCCACUCGUGGGCUUCAGGAUCAUGAUCUUGGAUGGGUUUCCAACCUUUCUUCUUUGCGAUAUCUCGACAUGAGUGUUGCAAACCUCACAAAAGCGGGUAAUUGGUUUUAUGCAAUGAACAAGAUUCCAUCUCUGUCAGCGCUACGGUUAUCAUCCUGUGAGAUAGAAUACAUUCCUCGAUCUGUCCCAUACCUGAAUCUUACAUCUCUUGCUAUUCUUGAUCUCUCUAGGAACAACUUGAAUUGCACAUUACCCAAAUGGUUGCAAAACAUGACCAACCUCAACCUUCUGGACUUCAGUGAACAGAAUUCUCUUCAUGGUCCGAUUCCUGAUGUUUUUGGGAGCAUGACUUCUCUGUCUGUCCUUAACCUCAACUUGAAUCAACUUGAGGGUGAGAUACCACAAACCAUGGGAAAUCUCUGCAGCUUGGAGGGUUUGGAUCUAUCAUGGAACAACAUUACUGGACAGAUGACCCAACUAGUGGUAGGGUUGUCUCGAUGCUUUUCCAAUUCAUCACCCCAGAUAAGUUCACUUAAUCUUGCCCACAACUCGCUCUCCGGUCCCAUUCCUUUGACAAUAGAGAAGCUAUCAUCUUUGGAAUUUCUGUAUCUGCAGUCUAACCAGUUAAUUGGGACUGUUCCAGAGGGUAUAGGGCGGUUCUCGAAGCUUAUUGUUUUAGAUGUAUCCUCCAAUUCCUUGACCGGCGUUGUUUCUGAAGCUCAUUUCGCCAACCUUGGUGUACUGAAGGAACUGUACAUGUCUCUGAAUAACUUGUCUCUUAAGGUGAACUCCAAUUGGGUUCCUCCGUUUGAGCUUAAUUUUAUUUAUUUGCCAUCCUGUCAACUGGGUCCACUUUUUCCCUCAUGGCUUCAGACACAGAAGGGCUUCUCAAAACUAGAUUUAUCCAAAGCUGGUAUAUCAGAUACAAUGCCACACUGGUUUUGGAGCUUGACCACGGAGAUCAUGUACUUGAAUCUCUCUCAGAACCAAAUCAAGGGUAGCCUACCAUUGUCCUUGGAAAGUAUAAGCAUUUCUCUUGUGGAUUUGAGUUCGAACUGUUUUGAAGGCCCUCUGCCUCGUUUUGGUCGUGAUACACUAGUGUUGCAUCUCUACGACAACUCAUUUGAGGGGCCCCUUCCUGCAGACAUUGGAGAAGCAAUGCCUGUGUUGAGAAAUUUAUUGGUUUCUAAUAACCUCAUCAAUGGUAGCAUUCCUCAGUCCAUCUGUACAAUGGAAAAUUUGGAGGUUCUUGGGCUCGCCGAUAAUCUUUUGUCAGGAAGACUCCCUCAUUGCUGGAGCGAUUCACAAAUUCUCAUGGUAGUGGAUUUGGGAAAUAAUAACAUAUCUGGAAUUAUUCCUGGGACAAUGGGUUCCUUACUUUCCCUAGCAUCGCUGCACUUGAACAACAACAGUCUCUCAGGUGAACUCCCUUCGUCUCUGAAAAAUUGCACAAGUUUGGUUGCACUCGAUCUAGGCGAGAACCAAAUAUCUGGAAAUAUACCAUCUUGGAUUGGAAGCAGCCUACCAAACUUGGUGAUCCUUCGCCUGCGGUCAAAUAAGUUUACUGGGGGCAUCCCUCCUGAGCUAUCCUAUCUUAGUUCUCUUCAAGUGCUGGACAUUGCACAAAAUAGUCUUUCAGGAAUCAUCCCGAGAUCUUUCGGCAAUCUCACUGCUAUGACCAAAAUACAGGAGAAGGGAUUUAUUUUAUAUGAAAAUUGGGGCAGCUACCUGGACAAUGUGUUGGUCUACAUGAAAGGAAGAGAGCUCGAAUACAGCAAGACACUAGGACUGGUCACGAGUGUGGACCUAUCAAGCAAUAAAUUGCAUGGGAAGAUCCCGGAAGAACUAACGAGUCUCUUCGGUUUGCUUGCUCUCAACCUCUCUGAAAAUGCGCUGACAGGAGAGAUUCCGAAGAAGAUUGGUAACUUAAGGUGGUUGGAGUCAUUAGAUCUUUCGAGAAACAAUCUCUCUGGUGAAAUCCCUUCAAGCAUGUCCUCUUUGACUUCUUUAAGUCGCUUGAACUUGUCAUAUAACAAUCUGAAGGGAAGAAUUCCUUCAGGCUUCCAACUCCAGACCCUCAAUGAUCCUUCUAUCUAUAUUGGAAACCAGGAUCUAUGUGGUCCUCCAUUAACUGAUGGCUGUCCAAGUGAUGGUGAAUCUCCUCCAAGCAGAAAUUCUAGUAUUACUGGUGAAGAAGAUGGAUCUGAGUUCUUGUGGUAUUACUCUGGCUUUUCGCCAGGAUUUGCAGUGGCAAUCUUGGGGGUAUUCAGUGUGUUAUUUUUCAUGCCAUCUUGGAGGUACGCCCUCUUUAUAUUAGUUGAUGACAUCGUUGACUGGUUCUACGUAACCACAACAGUGACAAUGGCCAAGUUGAGGUGAUUGUUUAAGAGGAGGCAUUUGAUAUGGAUCAUUAUCAUUUAUUUCGAAAUUAAGUCUCCUGUCAUGAAGUCGGCUUUUUGUGCUCAGUAUGUGGUGGGUCAUGUCAAUGCCGGAGUUGUUAGUUUUGAUAAGCAUGUUACUGUAAUUUAAGAACCUUAUAAGU